AACCCUUACUACAAUAAUUCAUAACCUCAAAAACGUCUAACCAGCAGCGCUCAUUAAUAUUGUGGUGAAAAUUUUAAAUGUUUUCGCUCAAAUAAGCGGAACAUUUCAUGAUGGUUGGCAGGGGGAAGUGGUCAGACCUUAUCUUCUAAGACCGUGGUUCAGAAUGUUGUUUGGCUUGGAAUUUGAAUGAUAUUUAUAUAGUGAAUAUGUAAUAUACCUCCUAAUCUAACCUGUAACUAUCACAAAUCACAGGACACAGAAUUCUAUCUUGUUACUACUUGCUAUAAUAAUAUAUUAUAGCUAUUAAUUACUAUCCUGUAUCCUUAACUCGAUUGGUGCGUUGUACCUAUUAUAAUUAUAAUUCACAAUAGUAAAAUACAAUUUUAACAAAAUCACAAGACGAACACUAUACAUUUGUUUUGCCUAUCCUACUUGUACUACAAAAAAACAUUUCAAUGUCAGGAUUCAAUCAUUAUGGUCAUAAUGGAUCCAGCCAGCGCCAAUCAAACAAUAGUCUGCAAAUCCCUAAAAAUUGGAUGAAUUGUCCUUCUAUAGCUACUCAUUCGGUAGCUGAUUCAUUUGUGACAUUUAAAACACCAUUAGAUUACAAAUAUGAUAAUAAAAUAGCAAUCAUGAAGAGAUUCAAUCCACAAAUGGUAUUUAGUCAUAUGUAUUCAUAUCAGCAAAGUAUUGGUUUAUGGAUUGAUCUCACAAACACUACACGCUACUACAGUCAAUUUGAAAUAGAAGAUAUGGGAUGUGCUUAUGUAAAAAUACCUUGUGUUGGUCAUGGGGAUUUGCCUAACCGACAAGUAGUUGAUUUGUUUUUAAAUAUUUGCUAUAAUUUUCUAGAAAACAAUUUAUCACAGUUCAUUGGUGUUCACUGCACUCAUGGUUUUAACAGGACAGGAUUUUUGAUAGUUUCUUAUUUAAUAGAAGUGUUAAAUUAUGAUGUGAGAAGCGCAAUACAUCAUUUUGCAGCAGCUAGACCUCCUGGUAUCUACAGACAAAAUUAUAUAGAUGAGCUUUACAGACGGUAUUCAAAUGAAGCUCCUACCAUGGCACCAAAACCUCAUUGGAUUCAUUAGUUCUUAAACUCUAAAUCUCUAAAGCUAUUGACAUAAUAUUUUUGUAUCAUUUAAUCGCCUACAUUGCUCAAAUUAGAAAAUGUAAUUUAUAUUUGAUUUUAAAAUUUGAUUUUGUAAUUUUCAAUAGUUGUAUCCAUUAUAAUAAUAAAAAAAUAUUGGUAUUCGCUUAGUACUUUACUUAUAGUGUGUGACCUGUGGGACUGAUAAUUAAUUAAAAACAGUCAAAUUAAAAAUCAUAAGAUUAUGUUAAUAAUUAUUGAACUUUAACAAAUAUAAAAUAAUACAGGAUUAAAUGAAUAAUGUAAAAUUCAGUCAAACAAAAUAUCAGUAAAAAAAAAUAUUUGAAUACAUAUAGAUAUUACUUGUUACGUCUAUUACAAAAAUAGGUAAACUUUUUGCAUAUAACUUAAAAAAUUGAAAAACGUAUUUUUCCUGUUAACAGAUUUAAUAGAUCGGUGUACAUUAACUGCCCAUGAUAUAGAUAACAGUUUCGAUAGGUGGACACACUACCUGGUAAAACAAUUAAGUCACAUACUAAACUCGAUUUUUGCUCGGUAAUUCACACACUAAACGAAUACCAAAAUACAUUUAUAGGUAAUAAUGUAAUUUAAAUGUAAAAAAUACAUUGUACAGAAUGUUCUAUUAUAUCAAACACAAAUCAGCAUAAAACAUAUCCAUAAUUCAAUGUUUUUCUGUGAAUUUUAAGCUUAAAAAAUAAAAAUGUAUGUACAUUUUAAAAUUAAAUAAAAAUAAACUAAUUAAGUUU